CUUCGUUCGGAUUCGUUAGAGGGAGCAGUCACAGUUUCGGUCAACACAAUUCUGCCAAACGCUUCCUCCUUCUCCAGCACACAAUGUCGGAAUUCCAAAAGGUCGUUGUGAUUGACGCAAAGGGACACCUUCUUGGUCGCUUGGCCUCUGUUGUCGCCAAGCAACUCUUGAACGGUCAAAAGGUCGUCGUCGUUCGUUGCGAGGAGUUGAACAUCUCUGGUCACUUUUUCCGUAACAAGCUCAAGUACCUUGCUUACUUGCGUAAGGCCUGCCGUUACAACCCUACCCGUGGUGCAUUCCACUUCCGUGCUCCCUCUCGCAUCUUCCAAAAGGCUGUCCGUGGUAUGAUCCCUCACAAGACUGCCCGUGGCCAAGCUGCCAUGGAGCGUCUCCAAGCUGUUGAGGGUAUCCCCGCUCCCUUUGACAAGCAAAAGCGUGUCGUCGUCCCUGCGGCUCUUCGUGUUUUGCGUCUCAAGCCCGGUCGCAAGUACUGCACUGUCGGCCGUCUCUCUGCUGAGGUCGGCUGGAAGUACCAAGACGUUGUUGCCAAGUUGGAGGAGCGCAGAAAGGUCAAGAGUGCUGCUUUCUACCAAGCCAAGCUUACCAAGCAAAAGAAGUUCUCUGCUGCCAAGGCUGCCUCCUCUGUCAACGAGAAGCUUGCUCAAUUUGGUUACUAGGUGGUAAAUACGACACAAUGAGAGCAAUACUGACCA